AUGGUCGUCCGAGAGUAUAACGAAGAGAUGAAGUACAUCGAACGGCUAUCGCCGAACAGCUUCCUGAUUAAAAAAGGCUUCCAAUCGAACAUGAACGUGGAAGGCGUAUUCUAUGCCAAUAGUCGGCUGGAAAAGCUAAUGUUCGACGAGCUGCGCAACGCCUGCCGACCUGGGAUGAUUGGUGGAUUUCUUCCCGGAGUUAAACAGAUAGCGAACGUGGCCGCUUUACCAGGAAUUGUUGGACGUUCCGUCGGUCUUCCGGAUAUUCAUUCCGGUUAUGGGUUUGCAAUCGGUAACAUGGCGGCAUUCGAUAUGAGCGAUCCGACCUCAAUUGUUUCACCCGGUGGUGUCGGAUUCGACAUCAAUUGUGGUGUUCGUUUGCUGCGAACUAAUCUGUUCGAAAAGGAUGUACAACCGGUGAAGGAACAGCUUGCUCAAAGUCUCUUCGACCACAUUCCCGUAGGUGUUGGAUCGAAGGGUAUCAUUCCCAUGAACGCGCAUGAUCUGGAGGAAGCCCUGGAAAUGGGCAUGGAUUGGUCGCUGCGUGAGGGAUACGUUUGGGCCGAAGAUAAGGAGCACUGCGAAGAAUACGGCCGCAUGUUGAAUGCCGACCCGGGCAAGGUUAGCCUGCGGGCGAAGAAACGUGGUCUGCCACAGCUCGGUACAUUAGGCGCCGGUAAUCAUUAUGCUGAAAUACAGGUGGUGGAAGAAAUUUACGAUAAAUACGCCGCUAGCAAAAUGGGCAUCGAAGAGCUCGGACAAAUUUGCGUCAUGAUUCACUCGGGAAGCCGUGGUUUUGGCCAUCAGGUAGCAACCGAUGCGCUGGUUGAGAUGGAAAAGGCCAUGAAGCGGGACAAGAUUGAAACAAACGAUCGGCAGCUGGCGUGUGCGCGUAUCAAUAGCCCGGAAGGUCAAAACUAUCUGAAAGCCAUGUCGGCAGCUGCCAACUUUGCCUGGGUGAACCGCAGCUCAAUGACGUUCCUUACAAGGCAAGCGUUUGCGAAACAAUUCAACACCACGCCGGACGAUUUGGAUAUGCACGUUAUCUACGAUGUUUCGCACAACGUUGCCAAAAUGGAGGAACACAUGGUGAAUGGUAGACCGAAGCAACUGCUCGUUCACCGGAAAGGAUCGACUCGUGCAUUCCCACCACAUCAUCCGCUAAUUCCAGUGGAUUAUCAGCUUACCGGUCAACCGGUGCUUGUCGGUGGAUCGAUGGGCACGUGCAGCUUCGUGCUGACGGGUACCGAAACGGGCAUGGUGGAAACAUUCGGUUCGACAUGUCACGGUGCCGGUCGCAGUCUGUCCCGUGCCAAAUCGCGCCGAAAUCUCGACUACAAGGACGUUCUGCGGGAUCUGGAAGAGAAAGGCAUUUCGAUUCGUGUCGCAUCACCGAAGCUGGUGCAGGAGGAAGCACCGGAUUCGUACAAGGAUGUUCGGGAUGUGGUUCAAACUUGCCACGAUGUAGGUAUAAGCAAUAAAUCAAUCAAACUACGUCCGAUUGCUGUUAUUAAAGGUUAA